AUGGAUUAUCAAUUAAAUAUGAACAAAUCUUCGUCGUCGCCGAAGCCGAAGAAUCAUUUUUUUCAUGGACAAAAACAACCAUAUGAAGAGGAACUUGCUGAACAUUCCACCUUAUCGACACCAACAACUUUAUCAUCGACAUAUCUGACUGCGGAUAGUCCAUGGAAACACCCAACAACUGUUGAUUGUUUGAAACUUGAUGAUGAGCACAAACGACAGACAAUGGAAUUGAAAACCGUUGGUAAAAUGGGUAUGGUUCGACGAAAGCAAUUCCUUCAAAAACGAGACUUCAGUCGAUCACAUGAGGUAAGCAGUUAA